AUGUACAUCACAGAUUUGCAUGCCAAAGUUGCACCAGAUUGCAACAUGGAGACCUUCAAGCGCCGCCGCGAGACGGAGAUCAAGCACGGCCGCGUCGCGAUGUACGCCACGAUGGGUUAUAUCACGCCUGAGUACUUCAAGUGGCCUGGAUACCUCUCUCCAUCCAUGGGCAUUAAGUUCGAAGACGUCCCCAACGGCUUGGCGGCCAUUGGCAAGGUUCCUGGCAACGGCUGGGCGCAGAUCGUCGCGUUUGCCGGCUACUAUGAGCUCUUCGUCUACAAGUACUCUGGAACUCCAGGCCCGGACCGCAUCACUCCAGGUGACUAUGGCUGGAAGGCCAUCAGCUCUGCGGACGCCGAGACCAAGAAGCGCAAGCUCAGCGCGGAACUCGCCAACGGACGGCUGGCCAUGAUGCUUGGCAUGUUGAUGAUGUAA